AUGCCAGCUUUGCCAGUGCUCUGUCGGGAGGUCAUUGCUGAGACACUUCGUGAUUCGGUGAUACCCCGAGAUUCCGGUCAGGCGGAUGUCUGGACAGCUUUCCGCUUCGAUGGCUUCCUCACCUUAGCGGCGAUGCGUGCCCUGAUGAUGCUCUUCUUUCUCGUUGCCGUCAUCGCCGUGGCUCUGUGGAGGGUGGUGGAUGUGGCAGAUCCCGAACCGGAGCCAGAUGACAGCAAGUGCCAGAAGAUCGAGUCCCUUCAACAGCAGCCACUCAUUGCCAUUGACAAGUUGUUGAGCACAGAGGAUCGGCUUUCGGCAGAAGACUGUCCCGAGACCUCUCUUCAAGGUUUGCCUCCGAACUUGCCUGGGAUCUGUCCGCCUUACAUGAAAGCGGCACAAGGAGCCCGCUUGUCUGUCGCGCUGCCGAUCACAGAACUGGGUUGCGACGUGCUCGGUCUGGGGGCCUCUCUUGCGCUGAGGGGGCCGCCGACUCGUCUACUGACCGCGAAUCUGCAUCUCGAAGGAUCGACUCGCACAUUGGAGCUGCGAGAGCAGGAGCCUGGAUGCAAAGGAGCUGAAGGAGGUCGCAUCCUUCUGACGAUCACCUCGGACCUGGCGCUUUGGAAGGGUCGAGUUCGAGAAGGAGAGUACCUUGGAACCUUGGAGCCUGCACCGCUCGGAGGGAGCGAGUCUCGGCGUCGCCUGUUGCUGCAGCGCAAGGGAGCAAAGCCAGAUUUGCUCGUGUCGACUUCGGGCUCGGGACGCGUGGAACUGGGCCUGCUGCCUUCGGGGCGCCUGGUGGCCAUAGCUGCUCUGGGACAUGGUCAGACAUCUCUGUCGCUGACGGUAAAGGCAGGCGUCGAUGCCGUCUAUGCGCUGGGAUGUCUGCUCGCGGUCAUCACCUUUGAAGUUUCCAAGAGUUAG